AGUUCAGUUCCCUUUGUGAGCUCGCUCGGAGUCGUUCUAAGCGCGGCAGCACGUGCUCUCCCCCCGGUCUUAACUUAAUCAGUACGCAUUUAGUCUAAGCCUCUCACCUAUGUGAGUGUCGUGUGCCCCAAGUGCAUUACCAGUGCAUUGAAAAGACUUGAGUCUAUCCCUCGCAUAAUGCAGCUCAAAUCGGGACUAACAAGAGGCCUCCUGUUCCUUUGCGCAAUUUCGUUUAGAAUCGGAGCAAUAUUAGCCGAAUGUGAAGACACACAAUUUGAGUGCGACAACGGCAGCUGCAUCUCCUCCUAUAAUGUCUGCGACGGGGACAAGAACUGCCCGGACGGAUCAGACGAGACGGCGCUGACCUGCAUCUCCCAGCGGGAGCAUUGCAACAAACCGUUCUUCCAAUGCGCCUACGGCGGCUGCGUUAUUGGUACUGCGGGCUGCAACGGAGUCCAAGAGUGUGCAGAUGGAUCCGAUGAAACGCGGCUCCGUUGUGGGAACACCGACGAUAAGAAUCAGUUUGAACGUCGCAUUCAGGGCAAUUGUCAGGAAGAUGAGUUCAAGUGCCCGUCCGGAAUUUGUCUGGACAAGACCACUUUUCUGUGCAACGGCAAGGACGACUGUGCGGAUGGCUCUGCCUUUGACGAGUCCGUGGAACUUUGUGGGCACAUAUACUGUCCCCAAUACUCAUUUAAGUGCGGCACCGGCAGCUGCAUUGCCGGUUCGAUGAAAUGCAACGGUGUAAACGACUGUCAUGACGGAUCUGAUGAGGCUCCGCUGCUCUGCAACACCACCAGGAAGAUAUCAAGUCCAGUUCCAGUCACCGUAGAGAUUCCGCAGUCUCAGGAGGGCUGCCCAUUGCCGCUUGGCGAUGAGCGUCCCAUCAUAAAGGGUACUGGCGGUCGUAUCCUAACCGGACCCAUCACCCACGGACUUGUGAAAUUCUCCUGCGAGAGGGGGCAUGUGCUUGAGGGCGAUACAUCUAGCUAUUGUGCCAAUCGGAAGUGGGGUAACUCCUUGAUUCCGAAAUGCGUGAAAUACUGCAACUCUACGGGCGAAUUUGAAGGAUACUCAACGAACGCCUUGUGUACCUAUGCCGGCCAGAGGGUGGAUUGUAAGAAGCCCUACCAUCCACCCGGCACCGAGGUGCAGUUCGUCUGCGCCAACGGCUUCAAGGCUGACGGACCUCUGCCGGACAUGAAGUGCAUGCGGGGCGGCUACUGGAACCGUCAGCGCCAGCGCUGCCAGCAGGAAUGCGGCCAGAUUGCCACGCCCACCAAGAGCUUCUCGGCCAACGGCUACACCAUCAACAACACUGUGGUGCCUUGGCAUGUGGGACUGUACGUUUGGCACAACGAAAGGGACUAUCACUUCCAGUGUGGCGGAUCUCUGCUGACACCGGACCUCAUUAUCACCGCCGCCCAUUGCGUAUACAACGAGGGCACCCGCCUGCCAUACAGCUUCGAUACCUUCCAGGUGAUAGCGGCCAAGUACUACCGCAACUACAAUGACACUACGCCCGACGACCAGAUACGCAAUGUGACCUUUAUAGACAUAGCGCGUGGCUACAAGGGACGUAUUGAGGACUUUUAUCAGGAUUUGGCCCUGCUUACCCUCAACGAGCCCUUUGAGCUUAGCCAUGUGAUCCGGCCCAUUUGCGUGAAAUUCGUGAGCUUCGCGGAAAAGGAGAGCGUCACUGACGAUCGGCAGGGCAAGUUCGCUGGCUGGAGCAUCGAGGACAGGCACGAGCUGCAGUUUGUGCCGGCUGUUUCCAAGGCGAACAUCCUGUGCCGGCAGAGUCUGCGCGACAUCAAGUCGGACAAGUUCUGCAUAUUCACGCAGGGCAAGUCCCUGGCCUGUCAAGGUGACAGUGGCGGAGGGUUUACCGCAGUGCAGGAGACCCUCGAGUUCUCGGGCCGUUCAAGCACCCGCCACUUCCUUUUCGGAGUGAUCAGCAAUGCCCCCAAUGCGGAUCAGUGCGCUCACAGCCUGACCGUGCUGACCAACGUCCAGCACUUCGAGGACAUGAUACUUAGUGCGAUGAGCAAGAGUGUUAACACACGAUCUUAAGCCGCAUACUAGAAUAAUAGCCAUAUGUCCCUUACGAAUUUAGCCCUAACGUCCAAUAAAACUAGUCUCAGGAAGUGGGCCGAUUUUCAAUUUCAUAAAUAUGCUACGUUUUAAUUGGUUGAUAUUUCUAGCAGAUUAAAACAUAAAACAUAUUGGAACUUGGUUUAGGUUUCAUUAUGUAGAUAUUUGUUAAA